AUGAUCGGCGUUCCUAACGAUGCUCUACAAUCCCUCAACGAUCAAGGCGCUGCAAACACAUGGGUAAGAAACAACAUCCAAAAUUACCCCGACGUCAGUUUUAGAUACAUCGCCGUCGGAAACGAAGUCGAUCCAAACAACGGGAAUAGUCAAUACGUUAACUUCGUACUCCAAGCAAUGAGGAAUGUUCAGAACGCCAUUAACGCCGCUGGCCUGCAGAACCAAAUCAAAGUGUCGACUGCAACCUACACCGGUUUGUUAGGCGUCUCCUUUCCACCAAGCGAUGGUGCCUUUAAAGACAAUGUUCGGGGGUUUAUUCAGCCGAUAAUCGGAUUUCUAACGGAAAACAAUUCGCCGAUGCUUGCCAACAUCUACCCCUUCUUUUCCGACCCUAAUUCCAAUCUCCCGUAUGCGUUGUUUACGGCGCCGGGAACGGUUGUGACUGAUAACAAUAAUGGUCUACAAUACUCUAACCUUUUUGACGCCAUAUUAGAUGCUCACUAUGCAGCUCAAGCACGUCUUGGUGGGGGGAAUGUGGAGAUUGUUGUAUCAGAGAGUGGUUGGCCAACAGCAGGAAAAGAUGUAGCGACGACAGAGAAUGCUAGAACUUACAAUAACAACUUGAUUAGACAUGUCAGAGGGACAACAGGGACACCGGCGAAGCCUGGAAGAUCUAUAGAGACGUAUUUGUUUGCAAUGUUCGAUGAAAACAGGAAACCUGGUGAAGAGUCGGAGAAACAUUUUGGGAUUUUCUCCCCAAAUCAACAACCCAAAUAUCCAUUGAGCUUCAAUUAG